AUGCCUCUGUCACGCCGAAAUUCCUCGAAUGAUUAUGGGCCCCAGUUACUGAGAGAUGUUUGGGGCCUAACGGCGGUGGCUAUUCUGAUGGUCAUUUUGAGGAUCAUUGCGAAAUUGAGGAUCGGGAAAUUCGGAACGGAUGAUCUGCUCAUGACAUUUGCAUUGGUCAGCUCACACCUCCUGCUCGCAAUUGAGAUCCGAUGUCUGGCCUUGACUGGGUCAAUUCUGCUUACCUUGGCUAUACAAUAUGGAUUCGGUCAGCCGGCGUCCAAUAAUGACUCGGAGGUAUCGAAGAUAAUUAUGUACGACUACCUUUCGCAGACAUUCAGUCUUGCGGGUGGGACACUCGGACGAAUAUCCUUCAUUGUCUUCAUUGUUGGGCUUCUGGUUCAGAGGAUGUCGGAACGAAUCGUUCUGUGGGUCCUGGCCGCUCUACAGGUGAUCGUCAAUGGCAUGGUGAUCAUCAUAAUAUUUGUUCAAUGUCCUGGGCAUGCGUCCGCAAUCUGGGAUCAUUCAGGCAAAUCGAAAUGCUGGAAUCUUCAUGUCCAAGAAUACUAUGGGUACUUCCAAGGAGCUUUCAAUGCCUCGACAGACCUAUACCUUGCCGUUUUUUCGACAUACAUUUUUUGGUACUUGAACUUGAAACUACGUGUGAAGCUAGGCCUGGUGGCUUUACUGGGCAUGGGCAUCUUUGCCAUGGUCGCAGCUAUCAUAAAAACAGUCCAAACCCACGUCCUCGGAACGUCUGACAGUGACCCGACCAUUGCUACCGUCAAUUACGAUCGGUGGUUGUAUAUCGAAACCUACCUUGUCAUAAUAACAGCUUCAGUCCCUUGCGUUCGGUCACUGUUCCGCUCAUCCAAAAGCCGAAAAAUAAGUAGUGGGAAUACUCAUGAGCUCAGCUCGAGGUCCCGACACGCAACUAAUUCAUCGCAUAAUACGCGGGCGAGAAGGAGAGACUCCUCUAUCGACGGAAAGAGAAUCAUUGACGCGUCAGACGACUAUGCUAGUCAUGAUGAUAUCUCUAAUAAUCACUAUGAAGCUCCUGAGUCCAGACAGUCGAGAGAAUCGGUGGUCAUGUGUGUAUGA